GCAUUUCUCCAUUCUACAGAUAGGUAACCUUGGUGCUGGCGGUGGUUUGCUAAGGGGUAGUGCAGAUGGAGAGGAAGUGCUAAAAUCCUACAGUGCUUAUAAAUCCAGGUUUGGCCCUUGAUGACUAUCCCUUCUGAUUAUGCAUCAUAAAACAUCAGUAAGAAGAAUAAGAGAUUUUUUGGUCAAUAUAAACUUGCUCAAAUCUUUUACAAUCGAUGAUCGCGGGAAUCAGCUAAAGAGCUCCGAGGUGAUCGAUCGCAGCUGAGCUUUGCGUGCGCACGCGCAAUACAACGCAGUCCGCCGCGCGCCGAAGUAGCGCUCUGUUGCCAUAGCGAUCGCCCUUGGCAACCGCGAAGCUCUGCGGCCCUGCGGGCCUGCUAGGAGUUAGAGCAGAGCCGUGCCGUCUUACCUUCGCUUCCUUCGCGACUGCAACCUUGUUCUUUUCCCGGCUCCCCAUCCCCCCUUUUCCUCUCCGUCUCUCCGCAAUCAUGGCGGGCGGGACCGGGGACGUUCGGAAGCUCUUCAUCUUCACCACCACCCAGAAUUACUUCGGACUGGGGCCGGAAGCCUGGGACCAGCCGCUGCUGCACAACUGCCUUGAAAUCAACAACUUCUUGGACGAUGGGAACCAGAUGCUGCUCAGGGUGCAGCGAUCCGACGCCGGACUGUACUUUUCCAACACGAUUGAGUUUGGUGAUACCAAAGACAAAGUGCUGGUGUUUUUCAAGUUGCGACCGGAGGUGAUUACCGAUGAGAAUCUACAUAAUAACAUUCUUGUUUCAUCAAUGCUAGAGUCGCCUAUUAAUUCCCUUUACCAAGCAGUACGGCAAGUAUUUGCACCAAUGUUGUUAAAGGAUCAGGAAUGGAGUAGAAACUUUGAUCCCAAGCUUCAGAAUCUUUUGAGUGACCUGGAAGCUGGGCUGGGUGUGGUUCUACGAAGAUCAGAUGCUAAUUUAUCAAAAUUGAAGCUUAAGGAAGAUGACACUAGAGGUAUUCUUACACCAAAUGAUGAGUUCCAGUUUUGGAUAGAACAAGCUCAUCGUGGAAAUAAACAGAUUAAUAAAGAAAGAGCCAGUUAUUUUAAAGAAUUAUUUGAAACAAUUGCAAGAGAGUUCUAUAACUUGGAUAGCCUGACCUUAGUGGAAGUGGGUGACUUGGUGGAGACCACUCGGGAUGUUGUAGAUGACGUGUGGAGACAGACAGAACAUGAUCAUUAUCCAGAGUCACGGAUGCUGCAUCUCUUAGAUAUCAUAGGGGGGUCAUUUGGAAGGUUUGUUCAGAAGAAGCUGGGAACGUUGAACCUAUGGGAAGACCCUUACUACCUUGUGAAGGAGAAUCUGAAAGCUGGUAUUUCAAUCUGUGAACAGUGGGUGAUGGUCUGUAACCAUCUGACCGGUCAGGUGUGGCAGCGCUUUGUUCCUCAUCCAUGGAAAAACGAAAAAUACUUCCCGGAAACCCUUGACAGACUCGGCAAACGCCUUGAAGAGGUCUUGGCUGUUAGGACAAUUCAUGAGAAACUUCUCUAUUUUUUACCUGCCAGUGAAGAGAAAAUCGUAUGCCUGUCUCGAGUAUUUGAACCUUUUACUGGCCUGAAUCCUGUGCAGUAUAAUCCAUAUACUGAGCCUUUAUGGAAAGCUGCAGUGUCUCAAUAUGAAAAAAUUAUUGCACCUGCAGAACAAAAAAUAGCAGGAAAAUUGAAAAAUUAUAUCUCAGAAAUUCAAGACAGUCCUCAACAGCUUCUUCAGGCAUUCCUGAAAUAUAAAGAGCUGGUGAAACGUCCAACUAUAAGCAAAGAAUUGAUGUUAGAAAGAGAAACCUUACUGGCAAGACUUGUGGACUCAGUUAAAGAUUUUCGAUUAGAUUUUGAGAAUCGAUGCCGAGGAAUUCCUGGUGAUGCGUCUGGUCCACUUUCUGGCAAAAACCUUUCAGAAGUUGUCAAUAAUAUCGUUUGGGUUCGCCAGUUGGAAUUGAAGGUGGAUGAUACUAUCAAGAUUGCAGAGGCUCUUUUGUCUGACCUAUCAGGAUUUCGAUCUUUCCAUCGAAGUGCUGAAGAUCUCUUAGACCAAUUUAAAGUAUACGAACAGGAACAAUUUGAUGAUUGGUCCAGGGAUAUUCAGUCAGGUUUGUCUGAUUCCAGAUCAGGUUUGUGUAUUGAGGCUAAUAGUCGAAUUAUGGAGUUGGAUCCCAAUGAUGGGUCGUUAAAAGUGCAUUAUUCUGAUCGCCUGGUGGUUCUUCUCAGAGAAGUCCGUCAGCUCUCAGCUCUUGGCUUUGUUAUUCCUGCCAAAAUACAACAAGUUGCAAACAUCGCACAGAAAUUCUGCAAGCAAGCAAUUAUUCUUAAACAAGUGGCACAUUUUUACAAUUCUAUUGAUCAGCAAAUGAUUCAAAGUCAGAGGCCAAUGAUGUUACAAUCUGCUUUAGCGUUUGAACAGAUAAUUAAGAAUUCAAAAGCAGGAAGCGGAGGAAAAUCACAGAUUACUUGGGAUAAUCCUAAAGAACUGGAAGGUUAUAUCCAAAAACUCCAAAAUGCUGCCGAACGACUUGCCACUGAAAAUAGAAAACUGCGGAAAUGGCACACUACUUUUUGUGAAAAGGUGGUCAUUCUUAUGAAUAUUGAUCUGCUUCGGCAGCAGCAACGCUGGAAAGAUGGAUUACAAGAAUUGAGAACUGGUUUAGCAAGUGUGGAAGCACAGGGAUUCCAAGCAAGCGAUAUGCGUGCAUGGAAGCAGCACUGGAACCAUCAGCUGUACAAAGCUCUGGAGCAUCAGUAUCAGAUGGGCUUAGAGGCGCUUAAUGAGAAUCUGCCGGAAAUAAAUAUUGACUUAACUUACAAACAGGGACGGUUACAAUUCCGACCCCCUUUUGAAGAAAUUCGGGCUAAAUAUUAUAGAGAAAUGAAGAGAUUUAUCAGCAUUCCAAAUCAGUUUAGAGGAGUAGGUGAGGCAGGCGAUGAGUCUAUUUUUUCUGUUAUGAUUGAUAGAAACGCAAGUGGAUUUCUGACUAUUUACAGCAAAGCAGAAGACUUGUUUAGAAGACUGUCAGCUGUUUUACAUCAACAUAAGGAAUGGAUUAUGAUUGGGCAAGUUGACAUGGAAGCUCUGGUGGAAAAGCAUCUUUUUACUGUGCACGAUUGGGAGAAAAAUUUUAAAGCAUUGAAAAUAAAGGGGAAAGAAGUAGAACGACUUCCGAGUACUGUCAUGGUGGAUUGUUUAAACAUUAAUUGCAACCCUGUGAAGACUGUGAUUGAUGAUCUCAUACAGAAGUUAUUUGAUAUCCUUGUUCUUUCUUUGAAGAAGUCUAUCCAAGCUCAUUUACAUGAAAUUGAUACAUUUGUUACUGAGGCUAUGGAAGUCUUAACAGUUAUACCCCAGUCUGUGGAAGAAAUAGGUGAUGCAAAUUUACAGUAUGCUAAGCUGCAAGAAUGGAAGCCAGAGAUUUUGCCGUUAUUUCAAGAAGCUGAAGAUAAAAACAAACUUUUACGAACUGUGGCAGGUGGAGGGUUAGAAACAAUUAGUAAUCUGAAAGCCAAAUGGGAUAAAUUUGAGUUAAUGAUGGAAAGUCAUCAACUUAUGAUUAAAGACCAGAUUGAAGUGAUGAAAGGAAAUGUGAAAUCACGUCUUCAGAUGUAUUAUCAGGAACUGGAAAAAUUUAAAGCUCGUUGGGACCAACUGAAACCUGGUGAUGAUGUCAUUGAAACCAGCCAACAUAAUUCUCUUGAAAAAAAUGCAAAGUUAAUAAAAGAGAAGAAAAUUGAGUUUGAUGACCUUGAAGUCAUAAGGAAAAAGCUAGUUGACGAUUGUCAUCAUUUCGGACUAGAGGAGCCUAACUUCUCUCUAGCAAGUACCAUCUCUAAAGACAUUGAGAGCUGUGCACAAAUUUGGGCGCUUUAUGAAGAGUUUCAACAAGGAUUUCAGGAAAUGGCCAACGAAGAUUGGAUUACCUUUCGGACAAAGACUUAUCUAUUUGAGGAAUUUUUGAUGAAUUGGCAUGAAAAAUUAAGGAAGGUUGAAGAACAUUCAGUUAUGACAGUGAAAUUACAAGCAGAAGUUGACAAAUAUAAAAUUGUAAUUCCUAUCUUGAAAUACGUGAGAGGGGAGCAUCUUUCUCCGGAUCACUGGCUUGACCUUUUCCGUCUGCUGGGACUUCCUAGAGGGACGAGUCUGGAGAAACUACUGUUUGGUGAUUUGCUCAAAGUAGCAGAUGCAAUUGUAAUCAAAGCUUCAGACCUUAAAGAUUUAAAUAGUCGUGCACAGGGGGAGGUUACAAUCAGAGAAGCUUUACGUGAACUCGAUCUUUGGGGAGUUGGAGCAGUGUUCACGCUGACUGACUAUGAAGACAGCCAGAGUCGAACUAUCAAGCUGAUUAAAGACUGGAAAGAUAUAGUAAACCAGGUUGGAGAUAAUAGAUGCCUUCUUCAGUCCUUAAAGGAUUCUCCAUAUUAUAAAGGAUUUGAAGAUAAAGUGUCAAUUUGGGAAAGAAAACUUGCAGAGCUGGAUGAGUACUUGCAAAAUUUAAAUCAUAUUCAGAGAAAGUGGGUAUAUUUGGAGCCCAUUUUUGGCCGUGGAGCAUUGCCAAAAGAACAGACACGUUUCAACAGAGUUGAUGAAGAUUUUAGAUCAAUAAUGGCUGACAUCAAGAAAGAUAAUAGAGUCACAACAUUAACUACUCAUGCAGGAAUCAGAAAUGCUCUACUAACGAUACUUGAUCAGCUUCAGAGAUGUCAGAAAUCAUUAAAUGAAUUUUUGGAGGGUAUUAACAGUGUGUGCUUUGAUGAGGAGGCAAAACACAUAACUGCAAUGAAAUCUUUAGAGGGAGAAGUUGUACCUUUAAAAAAUAAAGUUCUUCUAUCAAAUAAUGUAGAGGGUUGGUUGAAUGAUUUGGCCUUGGAAAUGAAGCACACUUUGAAGCAGCUGUUGAAGGAAUGUGUUACUACUGGGCAGAGUUCACGGGGCGCAGUUGACCCGUCUCUGUUUCCCUCACAGAUACUAUGCUUGGCAGAGCAGAUUAAGUUCACUGAAGAUGUAGAGAAUGCCAUCAGGGAUCAUAGUCUUCAUCAGAUUGAGACACAGUUGGUGAAUAAGUUAGAACACUACACCAACAUUGAUACCAGUUCUGAGGAUCCAGGGAAUACUGAAGUAGGCAUUCUGGAGCUUAAACUUAAAGCCCUAAUUCUUGAUAUUAUUCAUAAUAUUGAUGUGGUGAAGCAUUUAAACCAUGUUCAAGUUCAUACAACGGAUGACUGGGCUUGGAAAAAGCAAGUUAGAUUCUAUUUGAAAAGCGAUCACACCUGCUAUGUUCAAAUGGUGGAUUCUGAACUUCAGUACACCUAUGAGUAUCAGGGUAACGCUCCCAAGCUGGUCUGUACCCCGCUGACGGAUAAGUGCUACCUGACUCUCACUCAAGCCAUAAAGAUGGGACUUGGAGGAAACCCUUAUGGCCCCGCUGGAACUGGAAAGACCGAAUCAGUCAAGGCAUUAGGUGGACUUCUUGGAAGACAAGUUUUAGUUUUUAAUUGUGAUGAGGGCAUCGAUGUGAAGUCAAUGGGGCGGAUAUUUGUUGGUUUGGUAAAGUGUGGGGCCUGGGGUUGUUUCGAUGAAUUCAACAGACUGGAAGAAUCUGUGCUGUCAGCAGUAUCUAUGCAAAUCCAGACAAUUCAAGAUGCUUUGAAGAAUCAUAGAACUGUGUGUGAACUGCUUGGCAAGGAGGUAGAAUUGAAUUCUAAUUCUGGAAUUUUUAUCACUAUGAAUCCUGCUGGAAAAGGUUACGGAGGAAGACAAAAGCUGCCUGAUAAUCUUAAACAGCUUUUCAGGCCAGUGGCUAUGUCGCAUCCAGACAAUGAACUUAUUGCAGAAGUUAUUCUCUAUUCGGAAGGCUUUAAGGAUGCUAAAGUACUGGGCAGAAAAUUGGUAGCUAUUUUCAACCUAUCUAGGGAACUUCUGACCCCUCAGCAGCAUUAUGAUUGGGGCCUGAGAGCUUUGAAGACGGUUCUAAGAGGAAGUGGAAAUCUCCUUCGACAGUUAAAGAAAAGUGGUGCUGAACAGAAUGCUAAUGAAAGUCGUGUUGUGGUACAAGCAUUGAGGCUUAACACAAUGUCGAAGUUUACGUUUGCUGACUGCACCCGAUUUGAUGCACUGAUUAAAGAUGUCUUUCCUGGAAUUGACUUUAAAGAAGUAGAGUACGAUGAACUAAGUACUGCAUUAAAGCAGGUCUUUGAAGAGGCCAAUUAUGAAAUCAUACCCAACCAGAUCAAGAAGGCUUUAGAAUUGUACGAACAGUUGCGCCAGAGGAUGGGAGUCGUUAUCGUUGGUCCAAGUGGUUCUGGCAAAUCAACUCUUUGGAGAAUGUUAAGGGCAUCGCUCUGUAAAAUUGGCAGAGUAGUAAAGCAAUAUACCAUGAAUCCAAAAGCUAUGCCUCGGCAUCAGUUAUUAGGCCACAUUGAUAUGGAUACAAGAGAAUGGUCGGAUGGUGUUUUGACAAAUAGUGCUCGUCAAGUGGUUCGGGAACCACCAGAUGUCAGCUCGUGGAUAAUCUGUGAUGGCGAUAUUGACCCCGAAUGGAUAGAGUCUCUGAAUUCUGUUCUGGAUGACAAUCGACUUCUCACUAUGCCAAGUGGGGAAAGGAUUCAGUUUGGCCCAAAUGUUAACUUUGUGUUCGAAACCCAUGAUUUAAGCUGUGCCUCACCAGCCACAAUAUCUAGGAUGGGGAUGAUACUUCUUAGUGAUGAAGAGACAGAUGUUAAUUCUCUGAUAAAAUCUUGGUUGCGGAAUCAGCCUGUUAAAUAUAGAAAUAAUCUUGAGAACUGGAUUGCAGAUUAUUUUGAAAAGGCUUUACAGUGGGUUCUAAAACAGAAUGAUUAUGUGGUGGAAACAAGCUUGGUUGGGACUGUGAUGAAUGGUUUGUCCCAUCUGCGUGGAUGCAAAGAUCAUGACCAAUUUGUUGUUAAUCUCAUAAGGGGACUUGGUGGAAAUCUGAAUAUGAAAUCACGUGUGGAAUUCACCAAAGAGGUUUUUAACUGGGCACGAGAAUCCCCUCCCGACUCUCACAAGCCAAUGAACACCUACUAUGACUCAAACAGAGGGCAGUUGGCGUCUUACGUGCUGAAGAAGCCGGAGAACCUGACUGCCGAUGACUUCAGUAAUGGCCUAGCGCUUCCAGUCGUUCAGACGCCUGACAUGCAGCGAAGUCUGGAUUACUUCAAACCUUGGUUAAAUUCCGAUACUCAGCAGCCAUUUAUUCUCAUAGGUCCAGAAGGAUGUGGCAAAGGGAUGCUGCUCAGGUAUGCUUUUUCUCAACUCCGGUCCACUCAAAUCGCCACAAUCCACUGCAGCGCUCAGACUACUUCUCAGCAUCUUCUGCAGAAGUUGAGCCAGACUUGCAUGGUAAUCAGCACAAAUACUGGUCGAGUAUACAGACCAAAAGACUGCGAAAGACUUGUUUUAUACUUAAAGGAUAUCAACCUCCCCAACCUUGAUAAGUGGGGGACCAGUACUUUGGUAGCUUUCCUGCAGCAGGUACUGACAUAUCAAGGAUUUUAUGAUGAGAAUUUGGAAUGGGUUGGUCUAGAAAAUAUUCAGAUUGUAGCGUCUAUGUCAGCUGGUGGACGACUGGGAAGACACAAGCUGUCCACCCGAUUCACCUCUGUUGUUCGACUCUGUGCUGUGGAUUACCCAGAAAGAGAGCAAUUACAAACAAUUUAUGGAGCGUAUUUGGAAGCAGUUCUACAUAAAAAUCUGAAGAAUCAUUCUAUCUGGGGCUCUUCAUCAAAAAUUUACAUCUUAGCAGGCUCUAUGGUACAAGUGUAUGAACAGGUACGGGCCAAAUUUACAGUGGAUGAAUAUAGUCACUAUCUGUUUACUCCUUGCAUUCUUACACAGUGGGUUCUUGGUUUAUUCAGAUACGAUUUAGAAGGAGGCUCCGCAAACCAUCCAUUAGAUUACGUGUUAGAGAUUGUCGCGUAUGAAGCACAGCGCUUAUUUCGUGACAAGAUUGUUGGUGCAAAGGAGCUUCAUCUGUUUGACAGUAUUUUAACAUCUGUGUUUCGAGGAGACUGGGGCUCAGAUGUCACGGAGAAUAUGGCAGGUAGCUUCUAUGUUACCUGGGGAGCGCGACAUAAUGCAGGCGCAAGGCCAGGCCAGGGGCAGCCGUUACCGCCACAUGGAAAACCGCUCGGAAAGCUCAGCUCUGCGGAUCUCAAGGAUGUUAUUAAAAAGGGCCUUAUUCAUUAUGGACGAGAUAACCGGAAUUUAGAUAUUUUACUUUUCCAAGAAGUCCUGGAGUACAUGUCCAGGGUAGACAGAGUGCUGACCUUCCCUGGAGGCUCACUUCUUUUAGCGGGACGCAGCGGUGUAGGUCGUCGGACCAUAACUUCCUUAGUCAGUCACAUGCAUGGAGCGAUGCUGUUUUCCCCAAAGAUUUCCAGAGGAUAUGAACUGAAGCAGUUCAAAAAUGAUCUCAAGCAUGUGCUUCAUCUUGCAGGAAUUGAGGCACAACAGGUAGUUCUACUUCUUGAGGAUUACCAGCUUAUACAGCCUACAUUUUUGGAGAUGAUCAAUAGCCUUUUGUCUUCAGGUGAAGUGCCUGGACUCUAUACUCUGGAAGAAUUAGAGCCCUUGCUGUUGCCUCUUAAAGAUCAAGCUUCACAGGAUGGCUUUUUUGGACCCGUCUUCAAUUAUUUCACGUAUAGAAUUCAGCAAAACUUGCAUAUAGUCUUGAUAAUGGAUUCUGCAAAUCUAAACUUCAUAAUAAACUGUGAAAGUAAUCCAGCUUUACAUAAGAAAUGCCAGGUGUUGUGGAUGGAAGGUUGGUCAGAUAGCAGUAUGAAGAAAAUACCUGAAAUGUUGUUUGGUGAAACAGAUGGUGAAGAAAAAUUUAGCGGUAAAAAGAGAAAAGAAGAAAAGAAAGAUUCAGUUGAUCCUGACUUUCUAAAGUCAUUUUUGUUAAUCCACGAGUCUUGCAAAGCAUAUGGUGCUACACCAAGCCGGUACAUGACCUUUCUACAGGUGUAUUCUGCCAUUAGUAGCAGCAAGAAAAAUGAACUAUUAAAAAGACAAAGUCAUUUGCAGGCUGGCGUAUCCAAACUAAAUGAAGCUAAAGCUCUUGUGGAUGAACUGAACAGAAGAGCAGGAGAACAAAGUAUAUUACUUAAAACUAAGCAAGACGAAGCAGAUGCUGCCCUUCAGGAGAUCACAGUAUCAAUGCAGGAUGCUAGUGAGCAAAAGACAGAACUUGAAAGAUUGAAGCAUAAAAUAGCAGAAGAAGUUGAUAAAAUUGAAGAAAGAAAAAAUAAAAUUGAUGAUGAGUUAAAAGAAGUACAGCCUCUAGUUAGUGAAGCUAAACUUGCAGUUGGAAACAUUAAGCCAGAGUCUCUCUCGGAGAUCCGCUCCCUGCGCAUGCCGCCCGACGUGAUCCGAGACAUUCUGGAGGGAGUCUUAAGGUUGAUGGGCAUUUUUGAUACUUCCUGGGUGAGCAUGAAAAGUUUCCUUGCUAAAAGAGGUGUGAGAGAAGACAUCGCAACCUUUGAUGCACGAAAUAUUCCAAAGGAAAUAAGAGAGAGUGUUGAACAACUUCUUUUUAAAAAUAAAGGCUCUUUUGAUCCAAAGAAUGCAAAGCGUGCCAGUACCGCAGCUGCACCUCUGGCUGCCUGGGUUAAAGCCAAUGUGCAGUACUCCCAUGUCUUGGAACGAAUUCAGCCUUUGGAAACUGAACAGGCGGGAUUAGAAUCGAAUUUGAAGAAAACGGAAGAUAGAAAAAGGAAACUUGAAGAGCUUCUUAAUUCUGUUGGUCAAAAGGUUUCUGAACUUAAAGAGAAAUUUCAGAGCAGGACUUCAGAGGCUGCCAAACUUGAAGCUGAAGUCAGCAAAGCACAGGAAACAAUCAAAGCUGCAGAAGUCUUAAUUAAUCAGCUUGAUCGAGAACACAAGAGAUGGAAUGCACAGGUCGCAGAGAUAACAGAGGAGUUAGCUACUCUUCCUAAAAGAGCUCAACUGGCUGCUGCGUUUAUUACCUAUCUUUCUGCUGCUCCUGAGGGCCUCAGGAAAACCUGUUUGGAAGAAUGGACCAAGUCCGCUGGUCUUGAAAAAUUUGAUCUGAGGAGAUUUCUUUGUACGGAAAGUGAGCAGUUAAUUUGGAAAAGUGAAGGCCUUCCGUCAGAUGACCUUUCCAUAGAAAAUGCUCUUGUUAUAUUACAGAGUCGCGUGUGCCCAUUUCUUAUAGAUCCUUCUUCCCAAGCUACAGAGUGGCUAAAGGCACAUUUGAAAGACUCACGCUUGGAAGUUAUUAAUCAACAAGAUAGUAACUUUAUGACAGCUCUUGAGUUGGCAGUACGCUUUGGGAAAACCCUUAUUAUACAAGAGAUGGAUGGUGUCGAACCUGUACUUUACCCAUUGUUGAGAAGAGAUCUAGUUGCUCAAGGGCCACGUUAUGUGGUACAAAUAGGGGACAAAAUUAUUGACUACAACGAAGAAUUCCGCCUGUUCUUAUCGACGAGAAACCCAGACCCGUUUAUUCCGCCCGACGCAGCUGCCAUUGUGACUGAGGUUAAUUUUACGACAACAAGAAGUGGACUGCGAGGCCAGCUUUUAGCUUUAACCAUUCAGCAUGAGAAACCUGAUUUAGAGGAACAGAAAACAAAGCUAUUACAACAGGAAGAAGAUAAGAAAAUACAAUUAGCCAAGCUUGAGGAAUCUCUUUUAGAGGCACUUGCCACAUCUCAAGGCAAUAUUUUGGAGAAUAAGGAUUUGAUUGAAUCUCUGAAUCAGACUAAAGCAAGCAGUGCACUUAUUCAAGACUCCCUUAAAGAAUCCUACAAACUCCAGAUUUUCCUUGAUCAAGAGCGGGAUGCCUAUCUCCCUCUGGCAGAGAGCGCCAGCAAGAUGUACUUCAUUAUCUCUGACCUGUCCAAAAUUAACAACAUGUACCGUUUUAGUUUGGCUUCAUUUCUCCGGCUUUUCCAGCGAGCUCUGCAAAGCAAACAGGAUGCUGAAAGUACUGAACAGAGAAUCCAGUCUCUCAUCAGCUCAUUAAAACACAUGGUUUAUGAAUACAUAUGCCGUUGUUUAUUUAAGGCGGACCAGUUGAUGUUUGCUUUGCAUUUUGUUCGAGGCAUGCAUCCUCAACUUUUUCAAGAAAAUGAAUGGGAUACAUUUACAGGUGUGAUUGUUGGAGAUACCUUGCGGAAAGCUGAGUCUCAGCAGAGAAUACGUGAUCAGACCCCGUCGUGGGUCGGUCAGGAACGAAGCUGGGCAGUGGCAACAUUAAAGAUUGCUCUGCCAAGUCUUUAUCAGACCCUCUGCUUUGAAGAUGUAGCUCUGUGGCGUCCUUACUACCAUAGUUCAAUGUGUGAACAAGAGUUUCCAUCCGUUCUUGCAAAGAAAGUUUCCUUAUUUCAGCAGGUUCUUGUAGUACAGGCUCUCAGGCCGGACAGACUGCAAAGUGCCAUGGCUCUGUUCGCAUGUAAAACUUUAGGGCUGAAAGAAUUAUCACCACUUCCUUUAAAUCUCAAACGUUUAUACAGAGAGACACUGGAAAUUGAGCCCAUUUUGAUAAUUAUUUCUCCGGGUGCUGAUCCUUCUCAGGAACUUCAAGAACUUGCUAAUGCUGAAAGAAGUGGAGAGUGUUAUCAUCAGGUUGCCAUGGGUCAAGGCCAAGCUGAUUUAGCAAUCCAGAUGUUAAAAGAAUGUGCCAAAAAUGGAGACUGGCUCUGUUUGAAAAACUUACAUCUUGUGGUAUCUUGGCUGCCAGUUCUGGAAAAGGAACUGAAUACUCUUCAACCUAAAGAUACUUUCCGUCUUUGGCUCACUGCAGAAGUUCAUCCAAACUUUACUCCUAUUUUAUUGCAGUCAAGCUUGAAGAUCACAUAUGAGUCACCUCCAGGUCUGAAGAAGAAUUUAAUGCGAACUUACGAGUCUUGGACUCCUGAGCAAAUUAGCAAAAAGGAUGACAUACAGCGGGCUCACGCGCUCUUUAGUUUUGCGUGGUUUCAUGCUGCGUGUCAAGAAAGAAGAAAUUAUAUUCCACAGGGCUGGACCAAGUUUUAUGAGUUUUCUUUAUCAGAUCUUCGAGCUGGGUACCAUAUUAUCGAUAGACUCUUUGACGGUUCCAAAGAUAUACAAUGGGAAUUCGUACAUGGCUUACUUGAAAAUGCUAUUUAUGGAGGACGUAUAGAUAACUACUUUGACCUUAGAGUUCUUCAGUCAUACUUGAAGCAGUUUUUUAAUUCUUCAGUAAUGGAUGUAUUAAACCAAAGGAACAAGAAAAGCAUUUUUCCAUAUUCUGUGUCUCUGCCAAAGUCCUGCAGCAUUUUGGACUAUCGUGCUGUCAUUGAGAAACUUCCAGAGGAUGACAAACCUAGUUUCUUUGGUCUACCUGCCAACAUUGCCCGCUCGUCUCAGCGCAUGAUCAGUUCUCAGGUUAUUUCACAGUUGAAGAUCUUGGGCAGAUCAGUAACAGCUGGUUCCAAAUUUGACAGAGAAAUUUGGUCUAAUGAACUUUCUCCUGUUCUCAGUCUCUGGAAGAAACUAAACCAGAAUUCAAACCUGAUUCAUCAGAAAGUGUUUCCUCCAAGUGAUCGACAAGGAUCUCCAAUAUUUUCCUUCAUCAUGCUAGAGCAAUUCAAUGCCAUUCGUUUAGUACAGAGUGUUCAUCAGUCUCUUGCUGCUCUCAGCAAAGUCAUCAGAGGAACCACCUUACUGAGUUCAGAAGUGCACAAGUUGGCAAGUGCUUUAUUAAACCAAAAGUGUCCUCUCACAUGGCAGAACAAGUGGGAGGGCCCAGAAGAUCCCCUGCAGUACCUUAGAGGUCUGGUUGCUCGUGCCCUUGCUAUACAGAACUGGGUCGAGCGAGCCGAAAAUCAGACCCUUCUCUCUGAUACUCUUGAUCUGUCUGAACUCUUCCAUCCAGACACAUUUCUUAAUGCUCUUCGCCAGGAAACUGCAAGAGCAAUGGGUCAUUCUGUGGACAGCCUUAAAUUUGUAGCCUCAUGGAAAGGUCGACUUCAAGAAGCAAAGCUGCAAAUUAAGGUCAGUGGCUUAUUACUGGAAGGAUGCAGUUUUGAUGGUAAUCGGCUUUCUGAAAAUCACGAUGAUUCUCCGAGUGUGUCAUCAGUUCUUCCUUGUUUCAUGGGUUGGAUUCCACAGGGUGCAUAUGGCCCCUACUCCGCUGACGAGUGCAUCUCUUUGCCGGUCUACACAAGUGCUGAGCGGGAUCGCGUGGUGACCAAUAUCGAUGUUCCGUGCGGCGGCAACCAAGACCAGUGGAUUCAGUGCGGGGCAGCUCUGUUCCUAAAAAAUCAGUAGAAUCUCAUGACAACAAACUGUGUCUUAGCAAAGUGAAAUCACUGUUUAAGCUUUAAAGAAAAUACGUAGCCAGUCUACAGUUACAACGCUAGUUCAGAAUAUCAGCACGUAGCUCCUCUGUUGUUGAUCACCUUGGGUUUCUACCAUGUAUCACAUCGCCACACACCUGGCAGAGUUGUAGCCUAAUGGAGUUAAUGUUAAAAUGGAGUUUACUUCUAAUAACAUUAAAUAUUUCUAUGAGAGAGUUUGCUUUUCCAGUGGUUCAAAAUUUCUUCUAAGACAGUUAAAAUACUGUAUUUAAAGAAUAUUUUAGCUCUGUUUUUGUAUCAUAAUUAUUUAAUAUAUGAGGUUAAUAAUCUUUUAAUUUUCCAAGGUUUUAAAUAUAUACAUACUCUGGAAACAUUAAAGAAUGUGUAUUUC